AUGCAAACUGUCAGCAGAAGACAAACUGGGAAAACCUUUGGCCAUUUGAAAAUCGGGGCAGUAGUUAAAAAAAAAAAUCAACAAUAUCAAGGUGAAAAAUAUCUAGUGGUCAACAUCCGAUCUGGACAAAAACGCCUUGAAAUCCGAGACAAAACAAGGGAAUAAAAACAGGAGUACAAGUGCAGCUAGGGCAUCAGAGACCGUAGAACUGACAGGCAUUACGUCAGCCACUGGUGGAGUGUUUACUGGUCCGGUGUGGCGCAGUGCAUUCUGUUGGGACCUGAAACGUUGCUACAUAUUUGUGACGACAAAAGACAGCUUGCAACCUGCUGCCCCGGCCUUCAAGGUGCCUUUACCAUGGUGACACUAAAAGAAUCAUACACUUUACACUAAGCCAGAGGGAAAAACUCCAUGUUAUAGUUGCAUUACCUCAGUUUCAGCAUCAUCUUGAUCACUUUGUUCCCACGACGGCGCUGACCCGGUGCAGCCAUGCAUCUAGAAGUGAAGGUCGCCCUCAACUUCAUCGUGUCCUACCUGUACAACAAGCUGCCUCGGCGUCGAGCCGAUCUGUUCGGCGAGGAGCUGGAGAGGAUACUGAUGUCACGUUUUGAGGGUCACUGGUACCCUGAGGCCCCUCUGAGGGGCUCCGCCUUCCGCUGCAUUCACCUGGGAGCGCCAAGGGACCCUGUGGUGGAGUUGGCCGCCAAGAGAAGCGGUCUGGACACGGAGGAAGUGCGUGCAAACGUUCCUGCAGAGCUCAGUGUGUGGAUUGACCCUUACGAGGUAUCCUACCAGAUUGGAGAGAAGGGGGCAGUGAAGGUUCUCUACCUGGAGGAUCCUCCUGGCCUCGGCUGUGACAGCGAGCGGGCUGAAGGGGUGAUCAGAGAGGGGAAAGGGGAUGCAGAGACGGAGGAGGCCAAGAGUUUGGGCUUUAACCCAGAUGCUCAGGUGUUUGUGCCAAUUGGAAGCCAAGCGUCUCCCGCCCUCAUGCCGUCGCUCUCCAGCUCUCCCACACCGCUGUCUGCCCAGUCGUGCCCGGGCCUCUUCAGCUACCCCAGCUCCAGCACGCCCACCGACCCUGCCGCCCACUCCUCAAACACCUCCACCCCCUCUCCUCCCAGCGGCGGACUGCCCUACCUCUCCACUCAGCAGCCGCCCUCCGCUCUCCCCGCUGCCCGUCCUCAACCCAUCACCUUCACCACCGCCAGCUUCGCCGCCACUAAAUUCGGCUCGACCAAGAUGAAGAAGUGCAGCGGGGCCGGGUCGGCAGCCAGCUCUGCAGUCGUCAUACCGCCCGCUCAGAGGAUGCUCACCCGCUCUCCCACCACCAUCUCGGCUCCGGAGCUGCUCAAGCACAAGCCCCUGUCUCUCUCCUUGCACUCCCUCGGAGGUCCCAUCGGCAGCCAGCUCUCCCCCAACGCCAAAGAGUUUGUCUACCCAGGAUCCCCGGGCCCACUUUACUUUGAUGCCGACACCCAGCCCAUGCAGCCCCACGCCAGCCCGUUCCAGCCCCCCCACACCGUCAACACCCACCCGUCCUUUGACCCCUCCUCCAGCCCCCCCCCCGCCCCGAACGUGGGCAUCAUCGGCAGCAACGGAGGAAUCUCCUACAUGGAGAAGCCGCCGUUUGUUGAGGGUUUAGGAAGCUACAACCUGCAAUAUCCUAGCCAGUCCUUCCAGCCCGUCGUGCUGGCCAACUAAGCCUUCAUUUGUAACGAUGAGAAUUGUUGUUGGAGGAGGUGGGUUUGGACAAUGAUGCUCCAGAUAUUUUCAGUUUUUCUAACAAAUUGUUCUAAUACUAAUACAAGUUAAGAAUUAGUUUUACUACAAAGAUUUAAAACACCACGUCCACUGAAUAAUUCAUGUGAUGUGUUUUGGUCCUCCAACCCCACCCUGCCCUUUUGUCCGUAGCUGUUACUCAUCAUGUUGUGUGUGUUGGCUCUGAUGACAGGAGUGGGUGUGUACCUUGAGUCGUUGCCAAUCUCUUUAUGUUUAUUAUUUAGUAUUGAAUGUUUGAGGGGCUUUUUUUCCCCCUCUUGACUUGUAGUUAAAUGGACCCGGCUCUAGUAUAGCUCUGUUUUUGCACUGCACUGUCAUGCUGUGAAAAAGGACCUCGCCAAGUCCUGCAGGGAACGACGGCUGUGGAAAGCUCAGCACUUUGCUCUGCAAUCUGCUCUGCCCUACUUGCCACAAAUACAGAGAGGGGGGGCUCUGCUGUCUCCGCGUGUUUGUAGUCCUGUUCUGUUUUGUUGUGGCUCAGCGUGAUGGAGAGACUCAUUGUUUGUACGGUGGGCCCCCGUUACCCUUGAAACGCACUCGUGCGCGGGCACAAUUUGACUCUUGUCACGGGGCGCGUAUUGGAAGCAGUUUAUCGUCAGCUGGAACGCGUACAUGACACGGGUUUAAAUGAAGUGGGAGCAGCGGAGGGAGCAGAGGGAGCAGAGCGGGAGCGUCGGGGUGGUAAAGCAGUGAUGUAGUAGAAUGUAUCUGUCAGGGGAGAUUGCAGCUGGGAAGGUCAGGGGAACCUUGUGCAAAAGCAAGUGAAUCUUUGCAUUUUAAGACAGUAACGAUGCACUGAUACCUCAAUUAUACACACUGGGAUGUAAAUGACGGUGUAUUUAAAUGAACAUACGCAGGAACAUGCACACAGUUCCAGUCAGCGGUGUGUGAAGGUGAAGAGGCGUAGGGGAUGCAGCAGGGAUUGUGAUAAAUGGCUUAGCAUGACUUUGACUAUGAAGGAGAGGUUUUCCUCUGCAUGGGGAGCAGAGAGAGAGAGAGGGAGAGGGAGAGAGAGGGGAAGACCAAAGGAAAGAGAGAGAGAGAGGCAGCUCGAGGGUUGUGUUGCCUCGGUGGCGUCCAGGCUGUAUUGGCUUAGAGAGCAACGCUUUAAAACCCAGAACACGUUUCUGGUGAGCUUAAAUGGUAUUGAAGCCAAAGGCUCACACUGUUCUCUCCCUCCUCUUGAAAUUCUUCACUGAUCUCUUCUCUUCUGGCUGUUAACAAAGAAAAACCAGAAUCAUACAGUUCAGGUUGUCUCUUUUUCCGCAGUUUUGUGGGCAAACAUGAAACGUGCUUCAUUGGCGUGUGGCUUUAGCUCGUCAGAUCUGUGGAAGUCUCUCGUUCCCUAACAAUGGUUUUGUUUACCAGCCGGGUCCUCGUGAUUGUUGGUUAGUCACUACAGGGAAGGGUAACUCUCAGAUGUAUGUUUGAGCUGUGCGGCACUUUAUUACUGAGCUCCUGAUGCUGCGUGUCGCCCACAGACACGAGCGCUUCGCCAUUCCUUUGCCCUCUGUUUGGUAACAUUUAAUUCAGCUGUCAUGAAAUGCUUUAGAGAUUCAAACAGGAGCUUAAUUUGUAUUCAUCGCACUGGUGAGGAGAUGCUGUUAGUCUCAUCCGUUUAUUUGAAUGUUUGCAAGAACCCAUAAAUGUUUUUGUAUAAGACGACCCAAGGACCCUUGACUUGAGCUCACGCUGGUUUUUGCAAUGUGACAGCUUGUCAUAUGCAUGCUAGAUUUUAUUUCUUUUUUUUCUUUUCAAGGGAAUGGGGUGGGGAGGUAACACAUCUCUGUAAACGAUUGUGAGGGAAAGAUGCAUUUAUAAUUUUUUUUGUUUUGUAAUUUAUUUCCAAUAUUUCUAUAUAUUUUUGUUUUUGCAAAAGGAUCACUUAACAUUUGUAUGAGUAAGACAUGAUGAGUCCAGGAAUAUGUAUAUACAAAGUUCUUAUGUUCAGAUUCUUUGUUUAGUUUCUUACAUGCUGAGGUUAUUUUUUCAGAAAAUAACGUGAAUAUAUGCAAACCGAGACAAAAAUAAAAGAUGUACAGAAUAAAAGUAUUGAAUGUGUAUUGUACCUUGUACAGCAUUUGUCUAAUAAGACGGGUAAAUGUAUUCAUUCUUCAAGUUGGAGUUGAAGUUUCAGAUGUGAAUGUUUACAGUGGGUUUGUGUAGGAAAAGAUGGCUGAUAUCACUUUUUUCUCUGUGCUCCCAGGGCAGUCUGACAACACUACCCCCAUAGGCAGUACAUUUAAAACCAAAAAAUCCCCACAUUUCAGACUUGUUCAUGUUGUUCAUCUUCCCUUUUUAUAAAAAUUCACCUCAUAUUAUGUAGACACUCAGCCUGUUUUUUUCCCUGAAAAACUGUCCCAUCAUUCAUUUUUUCAGUCUUAUUUUUAAAGGAGCAGUGUGUAAGAUUUAGGGGGAUUUAGUGAGAGGAUUACAGAUUGCAACCAGUUGAAAUUUAGAAUUACUUAAGUGAGCAUUGUUAAGGCAGUUUUUACUGGGAAUUAUCCACAAGGGUCUCUUCAAACAAACACACUAGGUGAUUAGAACCAGUGAAAACACUGAAUAAAGCCGUUUCACGUCACAAAUCAGUGUGUUUGGCACAUUGCAGACGGGCUGUUAACCCACUACCUGCUAAUGCGUGCACACCUUUUAUAUGCCAUAACUGUAGAUUCAGACAUUCAGGAGGUUUUUACCAGGAGCCGAAAUAUCCACAGAGGUCUCCACCUCUCCAAAACAAACACACCCAGUGAUUUAAACCAGUAAAAACGCUGAAUGAAACAGUUUCAAAGUACGAAUAAUUAUUUUACCUUUGCAGUUAAGCGGACCUGCUAAUGUAUACUAACAUUUCUACUCUAAGACUUAAGGCUCAGACAUUCAGGAGGUUUUCAUCGGGAGCCAAAUUACCUGCGGAGGUGCCUUGCUCUCCAAAGCAAACUGACCCAUUUAGACUGAUAAAAACACAAAAUAAAGGAGUUUCACGUUAAUAAAGUACUGUUUUAACUAUGUUUUUAUUGUGAAGGGGCUUGUAACGACUGUUAAUGACAUGAAAACACUAAUGUCCCUAUAAAGAGCCAAUGUUUACCGUUAAAACAUCGCAAUCUCCGUAGACGCAGAUCUGCUCCCUGUGAGGAUAGAAACAGCUCAUUCUAAUGUAAUGAAAUCAUGACAAUUCUUAUUUUCAUGUGAUUAGAAACUAAAAAAAACAAUAAUAUUAUAUUCAAUUUCGGUCAAUAUAUCUACCCAAAUCCUACACACUGGACCAUUAAGGAUUUUCACAUCAGCCCUAACACUCCUCCUUUUGCCUGUGUGCGACAACAGAACCUAAAUCCAGAUUUAUAUGAACAAAAUGUUCUUUAAACUUCCUCAUAUUAUAUAUCCCAUCAAAUUUUCCUUUUUCUCACCUCAUUCUUUUCUCUCCAUCAGCCUGGUCCUUUGGUCCUGAUACUAUAGCCAUAUCCCAGACUGUCUUUGCUUACACAGAUGCUCACCCUUCUCCAGUGCAAUGUAAUGCCAUAAUUUAAAUUACCCUGAAGGAUUCAAGGGGUUUCUACCUCUCUGCACCCGAAAAAAAAGAAAAAAAAGAAAGAAAUUAUAGUAUAUCUCCUCAAUAGAUCAACAGUGUUACAGCAGGCUUGGAAAGGAUGAAGGAAAUGAAUGUGCUGUGAAUGUUAUCCGAUGUUAAUCAACCCUGGUUGAGAUGGCCUGCGGGAAAUAGAUGAGAAAACUGCACAUUAUUGUGUGAGUGUGUUUAAAAGUCACAGAGAGACUUUUAGUCACGUGCAUGUCCAAAAUGUCCAAGUGACUCCUUUUUUUCUUUUCUCACAUCUGUCAGAUUUUUCAGCGCAAACGAGGUGAGUUAUUAGAUUUCUUCUGCAUACAAAUCAGGCUCCUGAGGUGAGAGAUCUGAGGAUGUUGAGCCAUUACUCUAAAAGCUGUUUUGCCCUCACAUCUUUUAAGAGCGAAUGCUGGUUUGUGUUUCACACUUGAAAAGAACGCAUUUGAUUUUUAUUUAAACAUCAACUCCAAACGCAGGCUAUUCUACAAUCAGGGUUGAACACUGAUGAAGAGGAAAAACAAGAAUUUUGUAUUCUGAUGUCCUUUGCUUAUAUCGACGUGUGCGUUUUAUUUUGCACUUUGGAAUAUUUCAUUGUCAUAAAAGAAGUUUAUUUUCUAUGUAAAAUUUAACAUUUAAGAGUCGAAUAGAUAUAAUUAAAAGUUCAGAUGAUGUAUAAAUAUAGUGCUUUCUUUCCUGCCUGUAUUUUAUUAUUUUUUUCCUAUUUUGUAUCUGAUCUGUACACCCUGUAGAUGUGUAAUGAAUCUUUCACUACUGAAAUGCAAUGACCUGUUUUCUGUGCUGCCCCUCGGGAAUGGGGAGUUACUACUGCAGUUUCUUAUUGUAUCAGAUUCUUUUUUAAGUUUGUAAUAAAAAAGAAACAGAUU